GGGGUGUGUGCUGAAGGCCGGGCGGCCGAGCUCGCCGCGGACUAAAAGCCGCGUACUAAAGCCGCUCACCAAGCUUCCCCUUGCUCGCGAACUGUCCCAGCUCAGACACCCGAGCCUUCCCGGGAAGAUGCCCAGCCGCGGGCCCCGCCAAGACUGUGGGAACUGGGUUGGUUGGUUUAACAUGCUAAUGUUUUGAGAUCGGGAGGCUUAAGACCAACCAGGUGGUGUUCCUCUCCCGAAGGCAGCCCACCCAUCUCCAGGGCCCCCGCUUCAGGGUUUGACCAGUAGACGGCCUCCUCCAUUGUGAACCGAUCCGUGGCUUCCUGUGGGCUUCAGCGCCAUGGCCACGGAGGAGAAGAAGCCGGAGACAGAGGCUGCGAGGGCACAGCCCACCCCUUCCUCCUCGGCCACACAGAGCAAGCCGACUCCUGUGAAACCAAACUACGCCUUGAAGUUUACCCUGGCUGGCCACACGAAAGCCGUGUCGUCCGUGAAGUUCAGCCCUAACGGAGAGUGGUUGGCAAGCUCAUCUGCUGAUAAACUCAUUAAAAUCUGGGGUGCAUAUGACGGGAAGUUUGAGAAGACCAUAUCAGGCCACAAGCUGGGAAUCUCCGAUGUGGCCUGGUCGUCAGACUCUAACCUCCUCGUGUCUGCCUCGGAUGACAAGACCUUGAAGAUAUGGGAUGUGAGCUCUGGAAAGUGUCUGAAGACCCUGAAGGGUCACAGCAAUUAUGUCUUCUGCUGCAACUUCAACCCGCAGUCCAACCUCAUCGUCUCAGGGUCUUUUGAUGAGAGCGUGAGGAUCUGGGACGUGAAGACAGGGAAGUGCCUCAAGACGCUGCCUGCUCACUCCGACCCGGUCUCGGCUGUCCAUUUUAAUCGUGACGGAUCCUUGAUAGUUUCCAGCAGCUACGACGGCCUCUGCCGCAUCUGGGACACUGCGUCCGGCCAGUGCCUGAAGACACUCAUUGACGACGACAAUCCACCCGUGUCCUUCGUGAAGUUCUCUCCCAACGGCAAAUACAUCCUGGCGGCCACGCUAGACAACACACUGAAGCUCUGGGACUACAGCAAGGGGAAGUGCCUGAAGACGUACACGGGCCACAAGAACGAGAAGUACUGCAUAUUUGCCAAUUUCUCCGUGACCGGCGGGAAGUGGAUCGUGUCUGGCUCUGAGGACAACCUGGUGUACAUCUGGAACCUGCAGACCAAGGAGAUUGUCCAGAAGCUGCAGGGCCACACAGAUGUGGUGAUCUCAACGGCUUGUCACCCCACGGAGAACAUCAUCGCCUCGGCCGCCUUAGAGAAUGACAAAACCAUUAAGCUGUGGAAGAGCGACUGCUAAGCCCUCCUGCACCCGGACUGUCGGAGGUCAACCGGUUGGCAAGAAGCAUGGCGGGGCACAGGUGUGGGGCCCAGGUGGCUGCCUGCGUGCGCCGCGGAGGACGGUGGGCCGAGGGAUGUGCACCCCAGGAGGCUGUGGCGUUGUUGGGACGUUUCUUGCCAGCUCUGUCCUCGCCCAGGGAGGAGUUCCCAGUCCAUUUGCUGAGAGGCCACAAAAGUUUUUAAUUUUUUAUUACAAGAGAGCGAAGUUCAAUUUAUCAUGGGUUGUUUUUUCCAGUAAUUGUUCUGUACAUUUUUGAUAUUUUCCUAUCCAGUGCGAGCGAGCGCUGUCCCCUUUCUAGGGCGGUGGGCGCUGCCAGCUCACCGAUCCCCAUCCGAAUUAGUGCCCAGCGCGUUCUCUCGUCUUCUGGAACACAAAGCGUUGUGAGGUCCCUGCCGUGUUGAGUCCUUUGUAUCAGGAGUUCUGGGCCGGGCACUGACACAUAGCGAUAGCAGGCCGUGUCCCCUUGUCUCUGGUGUUCAUGCAGCUGCACAAACUAUAAUAAAAGGUGGGAUUUUGUACUUGCUCCUGGCACCUGCAUUCCGACGGAGCAUGUUUCCACCUGGUGUAUUACUUGCUUGGCCUGGGCGGGUGGGGAAUGGCAUCCUGCAGAGGUGCUGCCAGCCGGUUCCUCCCUUUUCAUUGGCGGCCGGGCUUCCUGUGGCGCCCAGGGCCCAGUGCUUCCCGUGGGCCUCUUGGGCCUGUGGGUGGCCGUCACCUGCAUCCUAGGCCACAUCAGUGUCUAGCAUGGGAGGGAACGAGCUGCCCUCAAGGCUGGGCGUCCUGGUGCCCUCAGAGAUACCCCCGGGGGCCCUUGGUGUCACUUGAGCCUCCCACAUCCCUGUAUCAGCCGGGGCCUCUGGCAUGUGGCUCCUCAGGGAUCGGGUCUGGGGAGAGGCAGCUGCCAGGCUCACCACUGCUGCCUGGCUGUGUGCAUGGGGACCUGGCUGGAAGGUGGUGGCCGUCAUGGAGACGGCUGAGGGCGAGCUGCAGGGAUGUGAGGCACGUCACCCUGCAGGAUCCCCUAUCCGCAGCACUUGGGACCUUGGGGCCAGCCAGUGUCAUCUGUGAGGGCCCAGAGCAGGGAGCUGGGCCUGUGGGGACUCACAGCGAGUCCCUGUCCCCAGCCAGGCAGGACCUGGGCAUCCUCAGUGCCUGCCGUCCAGUGGUGUGAGGUAAGAAACCUGGAAGGCACUUAGGAAGAGGCUCGUGCCAUUUCGCUGUACCAGGAGGCACACAUGCGGGUUGUCACGUCCAUUGUGGCAGCAGCGGGAGGAGGGUCCGAGGCCUGUGCCUGCCUCCUGUGUGACGGACCUGUCACGCUGCUGCAGGACGUUUGUCCCGGGUAGAGCCCUUCCUGCUGGGGCAGGGCUUGCUGUGCUGAACGCUGUAUCCUGAAUAUAGUUUUAUUUUUUCUACAGUUGAACUCUCUGUUGUAGAUUUAUGUACAAAUAC